UUUUAAUUGAUGUUGUUGAUGUUUGUAUAUUAACAUAGCAUUGUUUUGUAGGUGUUGAAGCUUGGGCUUAAGCCUUGAGCUUGCCUUGUGUUGUGCAUAGUUUGUUUAAACUGGUUAACUGUUUGUUGUUUAUGGUUUGUCUGCUUGAGUACUGACUGAGUUUGAUUGUUUCCAGGUACUUUAGUUGCUCAGUUCCUUGUGAACUAUUGCUUUGCUUUGCUUUGCUUAAGCAACUUGCAUAGAGGGACCCUUUGGAUCGAGAUCUUGGCUGAGAGACUUUCUAUUCAGAGAUGAGAAGACCCGGCUUGAAGGAUGAUGUUGCUUACAGUUUCUUUGACCCGGAUAUCAGUGUGCUGAAGGAUAUGAUAGCGUUGAUCACUCCUGACCAUGUGGGGUUGUUUCGUGAGGUGUAUGGGGGUAUUCUGAAGACAGUUUUCAGGCUCAUGGAUAGAGACAGGAGUGCCAUCCAUACUCUACUUCAGUUUUACGAUCCUGAGCUGAGGUGUUUCGUCUUCCCAGAUUACGUGCUAGGGCCGAUGUUGGAAGAUUAUGCUGAUAUUUUGAAUAUCCAGAUCAGGGAUCAGGUUCCUUUCCGUGUUACUAAGGAAGAACCUGAUAUUGGUGGGAUUUCUCGUGCCUUCUAUCUGAGUCCAGAGGUUGUGAAGGGUAAUCUGAAGGAGAAGGGUAAGUUGCCUGGUUUUCAUCUGAGUUUCCUAGAGGCUAAGGCUAAAGAGCAGUCAGAAUUGGGGAAUUGGGAAGCUGUCUGUGCUCUGGUUGCGGCGAGCAUUUAUGGGAUCAUUCUGUUUCCGAACCAGAAGAACUUUGUGGAUAUCAAUGCCAUCCGCUUGUUUAUUCGAAGGAAUCCUAUCCCUACAUUGAUUGGAGAUGUCUAUUAUUCGGUUCAUAACCGGAAUGAGAAGAGGCGUGGGGGUCUGAUUCGAUGCUGUGCGCAGUUAUUGGUCAAGUGGUUUAUGGGUUACUUGCCAUCCAAGGGUGCUUUUGUUCUUCUGGGUCAGAAUGUUAAUUGGGCGACCAAACUGAUGGGUUUGAGGGCUAAGGACAUAGAUUGGACUCACAGCAGCGGGGUUGGCCAAGAUUUUAUUUGCAGUUGCAGGGGUUUUCCCAAUGUGCCACUUAUAGGGGUGCAGGGUUGCAUUAAUUAUAACCCGACACUUCUUAAGAGGCAGAUGGGAUUCGCUAUGGAGCUUCCACCAUACAAGAGUGAUGUUCAGGAAUCUGUGUACUUCCCGGUUGAGGGUAAUCAGGAUAGGGUGAAGCAGAUAUCCGAUGCAUGGCGCAGUAUUCAAAGGAAAGGCAAGGCUUCUUGGGGUAGGGCUAACAACAGAUCUUUUCCUCCAUUCGAUGAUUGGCUCAGAAAGAGAGUGGAGCUUACUUGUCUACCGUUUCCUAUGGUCGAUCCGUGGUAUCCGUUGGUUGAGGAGACUCCUUCUACUGUCAGUAUGGAUGAGUUCUUAGAGAUGAAGCGGGAACGAGAUCAGCUGCUUGCAGAGAAGACGGAAUUGGAGAUGAAUGUUGCUCGGGUUCAGAGAGCCAAUCAGGAGCUCAAAGCAAAGAUGGAAGAUCAAGACAAGCGGCAUGCCCUGAAUGCAAAGCGCUUCGAGAUGGAUACCGCCUACUAUGGGAAGGUUAGUCAGGCUUUGGCAUCUUCAGCAAAGGAGCAUGAUAUCACUAAGGAGAAGCUGUUCAGAGCAUCAAAGGUGAUAGAAGAUGAGAAGAGGAGGCAAAUCCUAGUCAGGGAUCAGAGGGAUGAGAGAGCCAGAGUCCUCGCUGCAGAGUGGGAGGCGGAGAAAGCAAAGAUCAGGGCCGAGAGAGAUCAUUACAUGGCAGAGAGAGACCACUACUUCAGACAGAUGAAGAUUCAUCAGAAGGAAGUUGGAAGACUACAGCAGGAGAACACCGAGCUCAGGUUCGCCGUAGAGUUCGCAAGGAUGGAAGGCGAGAUGGGGCCACCUGUGGGACCCUCAUCCAGAUAGAUCUUUCAUUUGUGUUGAAUUACCGUCAGGCUUGUUGACGGAAUUCAUUUGCUUGUAUUUCUUUCCUAUUUUGGAGGAUUGUAUUUGAUAUUUGAUCUGAUGUAUGACUAUUGCACUGAUUGUGCACUCUUUUGGUUAUGUGAUGGCGAUUUUCAUUCAA